CCAACAGGCAGACAAGAGAUGGCUUUGCUGCCGCUGCUUUCCACUAAAGUGAGACACAAUGUCCUGGUAGAUCCUGGAGCUGAUGGCAGUCUGCAGUGCAUCCGCCACCAAUGGAACCAUGAGAGAAAAUGGAGGUGGUACAGGACUUGCUGACGGGACUAUCAUCCACACGGCUGGCCAGGCACCAAGGUGAUGUAUUGUCUCUGAGGUAGCGCCAUACUAAAAGUGCAUCUUUACCACACGACUGAGGCAGAAGUUCAUUGACAUUUCUGAAAAGUUGGCUGUUCUGUUGGUGUCUUUAGUCACGCUUGAACCGUGCUGGUACCAGCAACUCCUGCACUUCUUUGGAUGGAUCAAUAACUUUAGUACUAUUUCACCUCAGGGGGGUGUGCCUGUGAAUACGCUCGUCCCUCGUUGAUGGCGGUACAUUGGUUCCACACCCGACCACGAUAAGUGCAUUUCCACAAAAUAGGAUUCGACAUUAAUAAACGAAAUAUUUUCAUAGGUAGAGCCCUGAAAACUGUUUACAACACUUUUUAACAUGCUUAGAGCCCUCUAGACAUGACAUAACACCCCUAUAGUCACCUUUACACUACUAUUACCCAAUAGAGUAGACAUAAUAAGAGAAGAUAAGACAUAGAAAACCUGUUUACAACCUUUUCAAUACACUUUUUAACAUGAUUAGUAUGGAGGAUUGAAAGUGCCAAAAUUAAAUAAAUAAAUACAUCAUUAGAUAAUUAAUUAAAUAUGUCAUUAAUUAAUGAAAUAUGUCAUUAAUUAAUUAAAAUUGGAAUUAAAUACAUUUUAAUUAAUUAAAGACAUAUUUAAUUAAUUAUUUAAUGAUAUAUUUAUUUAUUUAAUUUUGGCACUUUUAAUCCGGUGUAGUGGCUCAUGAAUUUAUUUUAUCUGUCAACCUCGCCCAUCAAAUUCGGUGGGCGGGGCUAACGCGAAUCUUGUCUUAUCCACUGCUUUGGUCUGCCGUGAAACCGAAAGUAGAAACAUGGCGGCUGUGUUGAUGGAGGAUCUCCGUGAACUUUCUACAGAGUUGAAGAAGUACUUCGCCGCUUUUCUGGUACCAGGGUGCAACAGGAGCACACACAGGGACCAGGGCGUUUGGCAUUUGACAUAUCGAGGGCCGCUCUGGAACAUCACGUUCAUUGUGGAUUACCAGCCUGUCAAAUUGCAGCGAUGCUCGGAGUGUCAAAGAGGACCAUCAGGAGGCGCAUGCAACAAUACGGUUUAAGAAAGACAGACCUGUAUUCAGCUGUGAAUGAUGAGGAGUUGGACUGUAUUGUAAGUGAAGUCCACAGAAGACAUCCAAACACCGGCUACAAGCUAAUGCGUGUUCCAAUCUCAAGACUGCAAGAGUCUUUACGCAGAGUUGAUGCAGAGGGAGUCUACAUGAGGCGUCUAAGACUGCGUGUAUUAAGACGACGGCAGUAUUCUGUUCCUGGCCCAAACUCUUUAUGGCAUAUAGAUGGCAAUCAUAAGCUCAUCAGAUGGAGAUUUGUUGUCCAUGGUGGGGUGGAUGGAUUCAGUCGUUUAGUCGUCUACCUGACUGUGGCUGGCAAUAACAGAGCUAGUACGGUCUUACAGAGCUUUAUCGCUGCUGUUGAGCAGUACGGGCUGCCAUCAAGGGUACGGUCUGAUAAAGGGGGCGAGAAUGCAGAUGUAGCAGAAUUAAUGAUCGGGAGCAGAGGUACAGACAGGAAUUGGCACAUCACAGGCAGAAGUGUCCACAAUCAACGAAUAGAAAGGAUGUGGAGAGAUGUGUAUGAACAUGCCCUGGACCUCUUCUAUCAGAUCUUCACUUCAUUGGAAGAUCAGGGAACACUGAAUCCAGACAAUGAAGUCCAUCUUUUUGCACUGCACCAGAGCUUCCUUCCACUAAUGCAGCAAAGCCUCGACUCUUUCAGGGAUGCUUGGAACUUUCCUGGUCUUAGAACUGAAAGGAAUCAGUCACCACAGCAACUCUGGAGAAGAUACAGAGAGCAAGGCCCUAUGGAGGAUCCUACUGAGGUUUAUGAAGACUAUGGGAUCGACUGGAACGGACCUCACAGUCUUCAUGGAGGCACUGUGUCAGUCCCAGAGGUUCAGCUGGCCCGUGAGCUCUCGCUGGAAGAGGUUGCCAUUUUGCCAGCUCCAGGAGCUUCUGUAACUGAUGCACUUAGAUCAUAUGUAGAGACUGUGCAAGUUUUAUCAAGAAUCAUAGCAGACUGAUGUCCAACCCAUGCUUUUAUUUAGCAUCUUACAACAAGCAAGCAUAAACUGAAAAAGUUUGCUUUCCUUAAAAAAAGGGGUAUAAAAAGCUGUUUUACUUUGAAGCUCUACCAUAAUCAUUGUUAAGAUCUUGUAAAUGCACUUCAUGCAUAGCGCCACUCCUUUUCUUCCUGUCUCAUUAUUGGCCACAGAAUGAAUAACAUGAAUGCUGUUCUGUUCACACUGAAAGCUGAACAUGCAGAACUGUUUGGUUUCAGUAAGUGGAAAAAAUAUUAUGAAUUUUAUCAACUA